AUGACGAAGCAGGUGGGGAAAGGAAUGGCAUUGGAAACAAGCAUAUUCAGACUGGACUCUGUUUGCCCUCGCAUGCUUGACCUCUGCAUGGCACCUGGUGGGUUUACUACGACGGCCGCAAAGGAAGCUCCAGGAUUAUUCAUUGAUGCUGUUACUCUCCCAAUCGAAAUUGGUGGUUAUGAAGUGAUGGCCAAGGAUAUUUGCCAAAAUAUUAUAUAUUCGGACAUCACGAUGUAUCUCAUGGAAUGGCCUGGCCUGCCAAGACAGCAUUCCGACGGCACAUCCUGA